AUGAUAUCCAUGUCCUGGCAACCAAAACUUCGCCCUAAGGGCUUCCCGCAUAGCAUUGACGACUUUGCCGCCAUGGCAUCGCUGUCCGAGUUGGAACAUCGGGCCCGAACUGAAGACAAGCGCGACCAGCGCGUCUUCAGAGUCAAGCGCAAACAUGUCCUCAAGGCCUGUGAUCGCUGUCGCGUGAAGAAAACCAAAUGCGACGGGAAACAGCCCUGCAAUCGCUGCUCCGUAUACAACCACCCAUGUCUCUUCCGUGAACGAAAGGCCACUCAGACCAAAGUCUACUCACGGGGAUUCGUGGAAAUGCUCGAAUCCCACCACUCACUGGUAGUCAAGGCGCUGCAAAAACUAUACAAGUUCUGCAUCAACAACGAAGGAUUCCCAGGGGAACCUCUCGCCGAAGCACAAGACGGACACCCUCUCACGCACGCCAUCCUCGACCGCCUAGGACUCAUCAAACAAGCCGAAGAAAACGCCGACGAACCAGACGAAGACUCAGAGGAUCUUCGCUACCUGCGCCUUCUCUCCACCUCCACAGAAUGCAGCGUCACUGCAGAACCCUCCCCAGAACCAUCCACACCCCCCGAACCAUUCCCUAUCUCCCGCCCACUUCCUCCCCCGCUCUCCCGCUCUGCCACUGCCCCAAAUUGGCAGUGGGAUCUCCCUGUCCAGUCCUACUACCAGGAUUCCUACGACCUCAUGCCCUUGCCUCGCUCCAUGACUGCACCGGAUAUCACGGAUAUCCCGCCCCACGUCGACUUGCCCCCUUCAAGUUUGCACGAGCAUCCAUAUCCAUAUGCCCUGGGAUGCUGUGAACAACCACAGGAUGUCAAGCCUGUUGUCUCGCGAAUGCCCCUCGAUCAAAGUCAUAUGAACAUGUCUGCAGAAAUGAUGGGCGACUUCCAGUUCCAAGGAAACGAGCCCUUCUACCCUGGUUUUACGCCUUGGAAUUUCCCUUCUGCAUAG